AUGCUGUGCUGAGUGGCUCAUUGAGUUGUGUAAUAUUAGAUCGGAGUAAGUGCGAAAAUGGCGACGAAUGGUGAAGGAACAAGCUCGGCGAUCAACCAAAAUACAGAAAAUACAGAUCCAACUGACAGAUUAAAACGGUUAUACCCGGUGGUAAAUGAAGAUGAAACACCUCUACCUCGAACAUGGAAUCCUCGAACGAAAUCAACAUUCAUAGGACUGUCACAAAACAAUCUACGUUUGCAUUACAAAGGAAUGGGAAAGACCCAUAAAGAUGCAGCAUCAGUCACUACAGCUCACUCAAUCCCAGCGUCAUGUGGCAUCUAUUACUUUGAAGUCACAGUCGUCAGCAAAGGAAGAGAGGGAUAUAUGGGCAUAGGACUAUCUACUGAGGAGUUUGGAAAUAAUAUGAGCAAAUUACCAGGCUGGGACAAGCACUCUUAUGGUUACCACGGCGACAACGGACAUACAUUCAACUCUGCAGGGAACGGCCAGCCUUACGGUCCAACGUUUACAACAGGUGACGUUGUAGGAUGCGGGGUGAAUCUGGUUGACAACACAUGUUUUUACACUAAGAACGGUGUUCAUCUAGGUAUUGCAUUCACAGAUCUGCCUGGCAAUCUCUAUCCGACUGUAGGUCUCCAGACACCUGGUGAAAUCGUUGAUACAAACUUUGGUCAGAGUCCCUUUGUGUUCAAUAUAGAAGACCUCAUGCAGGAAAUGAGGAUGAAGACAAAGAUGACGAUAAAGAAUUAUCCAGUACCAAACGACCAGGGAGAAUGGCAAUCAGUGCUACACAGAAUUGUGUCAACAUAUCUAGUUCACCAUGGUUACAGUCAAACGGCAGAGAGCUUUGCUCGGAGUACAGGACAGACAAUAGCUGAAGAUGUCAUGUCAAUUAAAAACAGACAAAAACUUCAAAGACUAGUAUUAGCAGGGUGUAUGGGUGAAGCAAUAGCAACGACACAGAGACUCUAUCCUAGUUUACUACAACAGAAUCCCAAUCUAGAAUUCAUGCUCAAAUGCCGCCAGUUUGUGGAGAUAGUGAGUGGGACAGAGAGCGAGAUACGGCCUCCCCGCAGCGAGCCACGUAGCUCACGUUCGUCACGGUCCAGCAGUAGACACGCAAGUCCAGCCAUGAGCCCUCAUCGUGAUACCACUGCACCCUCCUCCUCCUCCUCGUCGUCCGCGCAUCUCAGUAUAUCAUCACCAUUGGCAACAGACCCUCUUCAAAUGCAUCAUUCAGGAAUACCAGGAGGUAGCAGUAGUAGUAGCAGUAGCAGCAGCGGCAGGCACGGGAGUAGUCUGCUCAACACUUCCAAACCCAUAUCACCAAAGAGUCCUAAGAACUUACAGCAGCAGCAACAACAACAACAGCAGCAGCAACAACAACAGCAACAUCAGCAACAACAGCAGCAACAACAGCAGCAACAGCAACAACAGCAAGAAGGACUACCCACAAACUCUGCAAUGACCUCAACCAUGAAUGCCCUCAACCUCACUACAAACGGUAGUGUCAUGAACGGUUCCUCCUCAAGGAUAAUAAACCAAGAGUUGGAUAUAGACAUGGACGUAGACUCUCAUGAAUCCACCAAUGGUGUUCAUACGAAUGGAAACAGUAGCAAUGGACAUGCUGUGACAAACGGCAAGGCGUUGUCUUCGUCAGUCAAUGGUGUGUGCCCGCCUGCAGAAGAUAUGGAAACAGAUGAUCUAGAAGGAACAUCGUUACCACCCGUCCGUCAACUCUGUGGAGGUAGUUAUUCAGCAAUUGAACAUAUGCUCAAAUUUGGUCGGGAACUACAGUGCUUCUACGACAAAAUCACCAGGGACAACGGCAAGAAUGAAACCAAUGCCAACGCAUUACGGGAGGCAUUUAGUUUGUUAGCCUAUGCAGACCCAUGGAAUAGUGAAAAAGGGUACCAGCUCGAUCCCUUAUUACGAGAACCAGUCUGUGCCGCAUUAAAUAGUGCCAUAUUAGAAUCGCAGAACAUGCCCAAGCACCCGCCUCUGGAGCUUGCCCUAUGCCAUGUGAAGGAGACCAUCAAACUCAUGUCCAAGUAUGGAGCAGGGUUCUGGGGUCCUGUGCUUCCUCAGGAGUAGACCAUUAACACCAACUAAUGCUGGCCUUCCUUCCCUCCCAUCCCUCCCCCUCCUCCUCCUCCUCGUCCCCUUCCUCCCACCUCUUCCCUUCCCUGAGUUUGUCUUAAACUGAGCGUUUAAAUGUAUAAUCUUCUGUUUUUUUUAGAAAACUAGAAGGAACCCAAGCUCUUGCAGUCCCUGCCUCCAUGCUCACCCCAGUGUAUUGUUGUACGCAGUAGUCCCACUUGAAUUAUUAUUCAUCCAAGAAUUCAGAUCAAAUUUUCAUUGAUAUCUUGAGAGCCGGACUCUGCAAUUUGUUUGGAAUCAUGAUUGUUAAAUAUGUGAAACCUUCUUACCCUAUGAAAUUUAUUUGAUUGAUUAAAAAAAACUUAUUGUUAAUAUAUGAGGUCAACCUAAUAUUCUUUAAAAAAUAUUAUACUGCAGCUUUUCAAAUACAUGGUUUUUAAUCUCCUCAAAUUACCUCUACUUUCCCUGACAUGAUUUCAUUAUAUUUCAUAUUAGCCCAAUUCCUAGUUAUAUUAUAUGCCUUGGCCGUAAAAAAUAACCUGUUCUUUUUACAUUCAUUCCAGUUAAUGUACUUCCAUCACAUACCCUUGUGUUUUCUUUAUUGUUUGGUAAAUUACACCUGUUUUGCCCCUGUUUACACAAUGCCCCCCCCCCUUCCCUCUCCCUCUGCCUACCGGUAUGUCAAACCCCUGUCCCCUCCCUGUCACAUACAAUUCCACCAACAGUCCUGCCUCAUCUCCCCAUCCAUCCUGAGUGCUGCCUCAUUCAUGACUCUGUGCAGAGUGACUUAAGAUAUACUCUUCAAUGUAAGAUCAUUCAAUAACACGAUAAUGCUGCCUCUGUUCACGAAGUACUCUUAUGAAGACGAUUUACCGGGAGCCGAGAUGAACGCAUGUAAACGUGUAUCUCUCUCUAUUCAUACCGGACGUGACAUUACCUACUGAUGUGGUCAAAAGUGAGAGUUUGUGCAUUUUAAUCAGGACUGGGUGUUCAGUACAUGGCUUGUCUCACGAAAGAAUGUUUCUCUCCAACGGAUCAUUAGCCCAGGAAAGGCUCUAUUCUGGAGUCGUCAUCUGAUCUCUUGCUUGUGAUGUAGCCUGGAGAGGGAUACCAUCCAGUUACCGGUGUCCUCUGAGCUAGCCCUGGUGAUGCCUAUUCAAAGUUUGGCACUACACAUCACAUGCAGUCAUCAACGGGAACAUGAUCGAGUCUGCUAAGAUUUGACGAGAGCUGAUAUUGAUCCGACACGAAGGAUUAAUGCUCUCCCGGAGAUCGAUCGUAAGAUGUUUGGCCUGGAUCAACUGCAUCUGGCUGAUUUGUAAAGGAAGCGCCCUUUCACGACUGGAUGGAGAGCAUAGCUUCGUACGCCAGCCUUGUGGAUACUUGUAGAUCAUCUUCCAUGCAGUGGUUUCUGGGACCCGUUUCACAAAGCUUUUUUGCAAUGACAGAUGACAAAAAUCAGGGACAAAUCUGCUGAUAACCAAUCAGAAGCAAGGAUUUCAGUAGCUUAUAACAAAAACUGUCAUUUGUCACUGAUGACAAGUUUUGUGAAACACCCCCUUGGAGUGCUCUCGAGGAUAGAUGAGAAUUCGUCCAAAUGCUGCACAAACCACAACGGAAUGUUCCAACGUGACAUCAUACCAGAUUUGACAUUCAACUAAUUCCCAUCAAGAAUAACAUGAGAUUGUUCUCGAUCAGUCAUUACUCCUUCUAAUGUUAGAGAUGAGAGACUGGUAAGAGACUGGUGAAACUGAAUUUGGGAAGAGAGGACUGGAGAAGAUUGCUGUGUAAAGUGGUACAAUGUAGCUAUGUGUGAAAACUAUUACUCAAAUACUGUGCUUUUUACUCUUCAGUCCAUCAUGUCCAUUGUAUUGCAAAUAUUUUGUGUGUUAGAUUGUUUUAUAACAUUGUCCUUUUUUGUAAACUCCAUUUUAUAAUAUUUCCCUCACUUGAAAGAUUCUGUAACUUAUAGGCCAUUUCUUAAACGGAUGUCUGGCUAAUUGAAUGAAUUAGUCAUCAGAUCAAGUUCAGUCAAUUUGGAGUUUAGGCAUGUACAAUCCUUAAACCUUUCAAAUUAUCAUGACUACAAUCGUAAAAGAAAUAAAAAUGGAGUUCUUACCUAUCCGCUAGGGAUGUGAUGCUGGUCAGUUUUAGUUAUAGCCAUUAUUGCUCUCAUCGUCUUUUUAGUUACAUCAUUUAUUUCUUCUUUCGAUCAUAUUUUCUACAGCCUUAUUUGCAUAGAAUUAUGCUUAGAAUCAGUUAUUUCAUUUUUUCUCUCUUUUAUAUUCUGUUUUUAUUUAAUAUUCCAUUUCAAUCAGGGAAAAAAUAUAUAAAUUGCUAUCAGGAAGAUGGAAAUUAUGCUGUACAGGAGUCAUCAUGAUCAGAUUCAAUGUAAUAUCAAUUGCAAGAAUAUUUUUUUUUAUUUGCAUUUGUAACCAACCCAACUGAAUAUCUCUACAAAAUUGUGUCAUGUUUUAUUUUUUUGUAAUAUCUGUCUUGAGUUACACUUUACAAUAAAUAUGUCUGUAAACGAGGGAUUUCCAAGGCUCAAUUGAGAAAAAGAACCACCUUAAUACUUCAUACACCCAAGAAAAUCUCCGUAAUAAAUAUUGUGGAGAUUCUGCAAUUAUCUGGACAAAGUUUACUCUUUAGAUCCUUGAAUUCUUGGGUUUGGCCAACAUAU